UCUUCUGCUGUGUGUGCAACGAAAUUUGCAGUGCUCCACCUCGAAGACUGAAAUCAUGUAAAAAUCAGCCCAAAUCGGAACCAACCUAGCAGAAAAUGGCAACGCAAAAGCCCGGUGAGUGGGCUAACUCACUUUUGGCCCGUUUCGAAGAGCAGCUGCCGUAUCGAACCGGUCCGCAUGGAACGCAGGCACGACUAAGCAUCGAUCAGACGAUGACCUGUUUGAUACAGAUCUCCCGCUAUCGGUUUUCGUUGGUCAUCUCCGGCCUAACGAAAAUGCUGCAGCGAGUGAAUGAAAUCUUCAUUAUUUUACAGUUCCAGCCACCGGCCUGCCGAGGACACGAACCGGAACGGUGCUGCUAUGAUUCGUUAAUUAUUAUACUGGAAACGCUAGAGCGCUGCCUGUCUGGUCAAUCGAAGGAUACGGCUCGCUUCGAAGAGGCAAUGAAUGUGAAGUUACUAUUGAGAGAGAUUUGUCAGUUUAUUGACAUUCAAAACGAAAACAACCAGAAUGCAACUUCGCUGAAAGCUCUCGCAUCCAAGGUUCUCUAUGCACUGUCGCAAAAUCAUUUCGGAGCUGUCUUCAAUCGUAUUUCGGCUCGACUGCAGGAACUCAGUACAUCUUCGGAAGAGAAUCCAGACUACAGUGACAUCGAGUUGAUUCAGCAUAUUGAUCUGGAUGUAAAUCGGCUUACGAAAUUGUUAACUGAGACCAUUCAGAAAUUUAAAUCAUUGAAAAAGUCGGCUCACUUCAUUUUACUGAACUCACUGGAAAAGGCUCUGUGGAAUUGGAUUGAGUUUCACCCGAAAGAGUUUGAAGAUCUGCAGCGCAACCCGAACGAUGAGCUGUCUAAAGGUUGCGAGACUUUCUUCGACAUUCUGGACUCUUACGCAGAGAACAAGAAAGCUCGGUCAGCUGUUUGGCCACUGCAGAUCAUGCUUCUGGUUUUGAGUCCGAAGGUAUUGGAAGAGAUUGUUAAUGCGGACUCGGGUGCUCCCUGUUCGCCGAGACACCUAAAGAAAAAGCAUUUCAUGGAAGGGAUCAAGAAGGGAUUGGGAGCGCAUGCCUCCUCUAAACAGUCAACCGAAUCGGCAGCUAUCGCGUGUGUAAAGCUUUGCAAGGCUUCCACAUACAUCAACAUCAACGAUUCAAAUAACGUCACUUUCCAGCUAGUGCAAAGUAUUAUCAAUGACCUCAAAACGUUGCUGUUCAAUCCUGCCAAACCGUUCUCCCGUGGACAGGGUUAUAACUUCCAGGAUAUUGAUCUGAUGAUCGAUUGCUGGGUGUCCUGCUUCCGGAUUAAGCCGCACAACAACGAAGCUCUGAAAGUUUGUCUCAGUUUGAACUCACCGCCUGCGUAUCACUUCGUGAUUGUUAGUUCACUGCUGAAAAUUGUUACCCAAGCGAGACUGCCCUGGUGGCCACAGAUUGAUCUGGUUUAUGCACGUUCCGGAGAGCUUAGGGCACUGUUUACAGACACUUUGAACAAAGCAACGCAGGGUUACAUAGCGCAUACUCCGCUGAGAAUGAUAACUUCGUUGACACUCAAAUCUAAAGACGCCCAGAGUCGCUUGACUCGACCCGACGAAGGCCCGGCACAUAAAGCUCUGCUGCUACUGAUGGUUCGGUUGAUUCAUGCCGAUCCGAUGCUUUUGUUGAACAGUCUUGGUAAAGCCGGUCAUGAAGUGCAAAGUUCAACUCUUGAACUGAUCAACGGACUUGUCUCGCUGGUACAUCAACCAACGAUGCCCGAUGUGGCGCAGGAAGCUAUGGAAGCACUAUUGGCGCUUCAUUCUCCGGAUAAAAUCGAGGUAUGGAAUCCGGAAGCUCCCAUCAACACAUUCUGGGACGUCAGUUCCCAAGUACUGUUCUCCAUCUCGCAGAAGCUGAUCCAGCAUCAAAUCGCAAACUACACUGACGUACUCAAGUGGCUACGUGAGAUUCUGAUCUGUCGAAACACAUUCCUCCAGCGGCACAAGGAUUACGCUAAUGUAGGCAGCCAGAUUGCCAUCUGCCGGCAGGCACACAUCAAGUUAGAAGUGGUGUUUUUCAUGUACCUGUGGUCGGUAGAUUUGGACGCCGUUAUGGUUUCCCUGUCCUGCUUUGGUUUGCUUUGCGAGGAAGCCGAAAUACGUUCCGGUUCGGACGAACUCACCGUUGUGUGCAUCCUAGCGAACUACCAUCUGUAUCAGGAGCUUUCGCACACGUCCAGCACACUUACCACGCAGAAUGUGGAGUCCCGGUACAACUUUUACGAACAUACGCAGGGCAGAGCGGCACUGCAGAAGAAUAUUAUGUCGCUGUUGCGUAAAAUCGAACACUGCGUCAAUGGAGUUCAGCCGGCUUGGGAGGAAACGUUUCGCAACUGGGAGGUAACCUCGAAGCUGUUACAAAAUUAUCCCAAAGGUAAACCCGAGGAAGGUCAAGCAGAGGUGUUUCACCGGAGCAUGGGAAAGAGACGGGCCAGUCAUCAGAGCUCGGAACACGAUCUGGAAGAACAGAUUACCGAGUGGGCAAACAUGACCUGGUUUUUGCUAGCUUUGGGAGGUGUUUGUCUGCAGAAACCUCGCCUUCAGCGCGUGACGCAAAGUCAGAUGCUGCCGAUUGGUGUCAGUGGUCCCUCGUUGAUGCAGUCGACAACAUCGUUGUCCAGUUCCAGCUCUGGGCGAGGUUCGAUGCAUCCAAUAAUGGGCACCUUGGUGUCCUCAAUUGGGGGUGGAAGUCAGGACGUCCAGUAUUGUCCAGUAACGCAGUUCAUCGGACAGUUGCUUCGACUGUUGGUCUGCAAUAAUGAGAAGUUUGGUCCGCAAAUACAGAAACACGUCAAGGAACUGGUUGGACAGGAAAUGUCUGCCCAACUGUAUCCGAUACUGUUCGAUCAGAUUCGAGCGAUCGUGGAAAAGUUUUUCGACCAGCAAGGUCAGGUCGUGGUGACAGAUAUCAACACGCAAUUUAUCGAACAUACAAUUUACAUUAUGAAGUCGGUGCUGGACGGUCGACAAAGCAAAGAUCAGAAUGAUCAACCCUCAAAUGCUGAACAUCUGGGAGUCACGAGUAUCGAAAACUUAAUGUUGGCCAUCGUAAGGUAUGUCCGUCAUCUAGACAUGACGGUGCACGCAAUUCACAUCAAAACCAAGCUCUGCCAGUUGGUUGAAGUUAUGAUGAAACGACGUGAUGAUUUGGCGUUCCGGCAGGAGAUGAAAUUUCGGAACAAGCUGGUUGAAUACUUGACGGACUGGGUCAUGGGAACGUCCCAUCAGAUAGCACCCCCUAGUUCGGGAGAUGUGACUAUCAUAACACGCGAUCUCGAUCAGGCCUGUAUGGAAGCAGUGGCAGCACUGCUACGCGGACUCCCUCUACAACCGGAGGAGUCCGAUCGUGGUGACCUGAUGGACGCCAAGAGUGCUCUUUUCUUGAAAUACUUUACGCUGUUUAUGAAUCUCCUGAACGAUUGUGUUGAUGGAUCAGAGGCAGAUAAGGAUACGAACAAUCCACCGUUACUUCCACCACGUCCUCGAGUAGCUGCCGGGAAGUUGACGGCUUUGCGAAACGCUACCAUUCAAGCAAUGUCUAAUCUGCUCAGCGCCAACAUCGAUUCCGGACUGAUGCACUCCAUUGAUCUUGGAUACAAUCCGGAUCUGCAAACACGGGCUGCUUUCAUGGAAGUGUUGACGCAAAUUCUACAACAGGGCACCGAGUUCGAUACACUAGCAGAGUCAGUUAUGGCAGAUCGAUUCGAACAGCUCGUUCAGUUGGUGACGAUGAUCAGCGAUAAAGGCGAACUUCCAAUUGCCAUGGCACUUGCAUCAGUCGUUACAACCUCCCAGAUGGAUGAACUUGCUCGCGUUCUGGUAACCCUGUUCGAUGCCAAACAUCUGCUCUCUCCUUUGCUGUGGAAUAUGUUCUACCGGGAAGUUGAGGUUUCCGACUGCAUGCAAACCUUGUUCCGGGGAAACUCGCUCGGAAGUAAAAUCAUGGCAUUCUGUUUCAAGAUUUACGGUGCCAGUUAUCUGCAAGGAUUGCUGGAACCACUGAUCCGACCGCUACUGGAUGACCCAGUAACCAGUUUUGAGGUGGAUCCCGCUCGUUUGGAAGCCAACGAAGACAUCGAAGAAAACCGGAAAAAUCUUAUCGCCCUCACCCAAAAAGUUUUCGACGCCAUCGUCAACUCCGCCGAUCGUUUUCCUCCGCAGCUACGCUCGAUGUGCCAUUGCUUGUAUCAGGUCCUGAGCAAGCGUUUUCCCAACCUUUUGCAGAACAACAUCGGAGCCGUCGGAACGGUCAUCUUUCUUCGCUUCAUCAAUCCGGCGAUCGUUUCCCCGCAGGAACUGGGAAUCGUUGGCAAACAGGUUCCCACCCAGACCAAACGGGGUCUCAUGCUGAUGUCUAAAAUUUUACAGAACAUUGCAAACCACGUGGAAUUUUCCAAAGAGCAGCACAUGCUAUGUUUUAACGAUUUUCUACGAUCACACUUCGAGGACGGUCGUCGGUUUUUCAUCAAAAUCGCGUCGGACUGUGAAACAGUUGAUCAGACUUCCCACAGUAUGAGUUUCAUCUCGGAUGCCAACGUGUUGGCCUUACACCGUUUGCUGUGGUCCCACCAGGAGCGAAUUGGAGACUAUCUGUCGAGUAGCCGUGAUCAUAAAGCCGUUGGGAGGCGACCGUUCGAUAAAAUGGCAACCCUACUGGCCUAUCUGGGGCCUCCGGAGCAUAAACCGGUUGAUUCGCAUCUGUUGUUUUCGAGCUACGCUCGCUGGAGUUCGAUCGACAUGUCCUCAACCAACUUCGAGGAGAUUAUGGUGAAACAUCAAAUGCACGAGAAGGAAGAGUUCAAAACUCUCAAAUCGAUGAACAUUUUCUACCAGGCAGGAACCAGCAAAGCUGGCAACCCUGUGUUUUACUACAUCGCUCGACGCUACAAGAUCGGCGAAACCAAUGGCGAUCUGCUGAUCUACCAUGUGAUCCUGACCUUGAAACCCUUUUGCCAUUCACCGUUCGAAGUGGUAAUCGAUUUUACGCACACCUGCUCGGACAAUCGUUUCCGCACGGAAUUUCUACAAAAAUGGUUCUAUGUUCUCCCGGAAGUCGCCUACGAAAACCUCCAUGCUGCCUACAUCUACAACUGCAACUCGUGGGUUCGUGAAUACACUAAGUUUCACGAUCGAAUUCUUGCCCCUCUGAAAGGCUGCCGAAAGCUGAUCUUCCUGGACUCGCCGGCAAAACUUAACGACGUAAUCGACCCGGAGCAGCAGAAACUUCCCGGUGCAACUCUUUCCCUCGACGAAGAUCUCAAAGUUUUCAACAACGCUCUUAAACUUAGUCACAAAGAUACCAAAGUAGCGAUAAAGGUUGGGCCAACAGCACUGCAGAUUACUUCAGCCGAAAAAACCAAAGUCCUGGCACACUCCGUACUGCUGAACGAUGUUUACUACGCCUCUGAAAUUGAGGAAGUCUGUUUGGUGGACGACAAUCAGUUCACACUGUCGAUCGCCAACGAAAGCUCGCAGCUGAGCUUCAUCCACAACGACUGCGACAACAUAGUCCAAGCGAUUAUCCACAUUCGUAAUCGUUGGGAACUGAGCCAACCGGAUUCGGUUACCGUUCAUCAGAAGAUUCGACCGAAGGAUGUUCCGGGUACAUUGCUAAAUAUGGCUCUGCUUAAUUUGGGAUCCUCGGAUCCCAACCUGCGAACAGCAGCCUACAACCAGCUAUGCGCUUUAACUGCAACGUUCGACCUAAAGAUCGCGGGCCAGCUUUUGGAGACCCAGGGUCUAUGUAUCCCCUCGAACAAUACGAUUUUCAUCAAAUCUGUCAGCGAAACGUUAGCAACGAAUGAACCACACCUCACGCUAGAAUUUCUGGAGGAGUGCAUCCAAGGUUUCCAGCGGAGCACGAUCGAGUUGAAGCAUUUGUGCUUGGAGUACAUGACUCCUUGGUUGGCCAAUCUGGUGCGGUUCUGUAAACCCUCCGACGAGGGCAAACGGCAGAAGCAAGUGGCUUUGAUACUUGAAAAGCUGAUCAAUCUCACGAUCGAGCAAAAGGAAAUGUAUCCUUCGAUUCAAGCAAAGAUCUGGGGAUCGAUCGGACGGAUUACGGAGCUGAUCGAUAUGGUGCUGGAUAACUUCAUACAUAAAUCAGUAAGCUCUGGACUGGGAUCACCGCAGGUAGAAAUCAUGGCUGAUACGGCUGUGGCACUGGCCUCGGCGAACGUUCAGCUGGUUGCGAAAAAAGUCAUUGGCAGGCUGUGUCGUGUGAUGGACAAAACUUGUCAUUCGCCUACAGCGUACCUGGAACAGCACAUGAUGUGGGAUGACAUCGCGAUUCUUGCCCGCUACCUGCUAAUGUUGUCCUUCAACAAUUGUUUGGACGUCGCACGCCAUUUGCCGUACCUGUUCCACACAGUUACCUUCCUAGUUUGCAGCGGAUCUCUUUCGAUGCGUGCAUCGACCCACGGUCUAGUCAUCAAUAUUAUUCACUCGCUAUGUACCUGCACCAAACCGUCCUUCUCAGAGGACACCCAACGAGUUCUACGACUUUCGCUGGACGAAUUCUCCCUGCCUAAAUUCUAUCUGCUCUUUGGCAUCAGCAAAGUAAAAUCUGCUGCCGUCACGGCUUUCCGUUCAUCCUGUCGUCACCCAAACGACCGCUGGCUUGGCAAUGAACGUGUCUCGCAGGCACCGCCACCCGAUCGUGAACGGCUAGCACUCCCAUCGCUGGAAGUCAUUACGGAUGCUCUGCUUGAAAUCAUGGAAGCUUGCAUGCGAGAUAUCCCGGAGUGUGAUUGGCUACAAACCUGGACCUCACUGGCUAAAAGCUUCGCUUUCUGCUACAAUCCUGCCUUACAGCCGCGGGCUCUUAUCGUGUUCGGUUGCAUCUCAAAAAGCAUCACCGAUCAGGACGUCAAACAGCUGCUCCGAAUCCUAGUCAAAGCUUUGGAAUCCUUCACCGAUACUAUCCUGCUGGAGUCUCUAGUCAUGUGUCUUACCCGGUUGCAACCGUUGUUACGUCCCGAAUCACCCAUCCACAAGGCCCUGUUCUGGGUAGCUGUCAGCGUACUUCAGCUGGACGAGCCCACACUCUACGCAGCCGGAUUGGCUCUGCUGGAGCAAAACCUGCACACCCUCAACUCGCAGCAACUUUUCGACAAGCAAAACAUUGCUGAUGUUAUGAUGACCACACGGGAACCGCUGGAGUGGCACUUUAAGCAGCUCGAUCAUGCCGUCGGUCUGUCGUUCAAAUCAAACUUUCACUUUGCCCUGGUGGGUCAUCUGUUGAAGGGCUUCCGGCAUCCGACGCCGACGACGGUUUCGCGCACUUCACGGGUGCUGACCAUGUUGUUGGGAAUUGUGGCGAAGCCUCAUGAACGCGAUAAGUUCGAGGUGACACCGGACAGUGUGGCUUAUUUGACGGCCCUGGUUUGCCUGUCCGAGGAGGUCCGUUCCCGUUGUCACGUGAAGCACACGUUACCGCGAUGGCCGGUAGAAACCGGUGUCGCCGCGGAACCUGGUAGUGGUGGUGAUCAUCUGGCAGCUGGGGGUACUGCCGGUUCGCAAGCCGGUACCGCUGGUAGCCAAAAUGUGCGCCGACAAAAAUCCUGGGAUAUGCUGGACCAAUCGGCGAUCCAGUUCGCACGUCAAUCGCACAAAGUUCAACCGCAUCAGGACCCAGCUAUCAGAGGAAAAUCCUGGCGAAGUUUAGACUUAACCCAUAAUCCGCAUCUAGGAAUGAUCAGUCAUUCCACGUUUGUGUCACAUGCCUGUACUAAUACUAAUACGAGCACCCCCUCUGCGUAUAACACCACAACCAACAGCAACAACACGAUCACCAACAAUUCAAACAACACCGUCGGCAGUAGUCAGCUCGGUGGUGCCUACCACCGGAGUGAUUUCCGCAAUCGUCGCUCCUCGUCGGAACCGGUUAAUCACCAGAUGGUGUUGACUAACCCGAACAUUGCCAAACUGUUGGCCCUCAGACAGGCUCACAUUUACCCAGCGACUGGCAUCUCUUCCGCUCCCCUCCCUACUGGUUUUGGUCAAAAUUGUAGUACUGGAAAUGCAGCUACUACCACCACCACCACCACCAACAACCUGACCACUGCUCAUACAAGUUCUGCCACUACCACCAGUACGCUAACGAUCAAUACGGCCAACAGUAGUGCCACUAACAGUACUAGCCCGGCACAGUCUAUCGAAGAGAUUGAAAACGACGAUGAGGCAAAUAACUUCAUCGUCGACUGUUUGCAAGACAUUUCAUCGAUCAAAGACAAAUGUUCAAACACAGCCCGGUUACACUUCAAGACGCAACGUUCGUUCUCGGUUCCUACACCCCGGGAACGGCAGGAAAAAACCGCCGGAAUAAGCGAACGGCAGAAGGAACGUGGAUCUCGUUCUUCGGUGUCGAACGAAUCGAACGUGCUGCUCGAUCCGGAAGUCCUACCGGAUUCGUCUACUCAGGCGCUGGUUCUGACGGUUCUGGCAACACUGGUCAAGUACACCACCGAUGAAACGGAGACGCGAGUUCUCUAUCAGUAUCUGGCCGAAGGGUCGGUUGUUUUCCCUAAAGUGUUCCCGGUCAUACACUCCCUACUCGAUCAGAAAGUGAACAAUGUGCUCUCCGUUUCGACUGAUCAGAUAGUGCUGGCAUCGGUUCAGAGCAUCAUUCAGAACAUGCUGGCAAGCGAGGAUGCUUCGCAGCAACCGCUGCAUUUUCUGCAAAGUUGCGGCUUUGGUGGUUUGUGGCGUUUUGCAGGACCAUUUACCAAGUACAACAUGAUGGUCGAAUCGUCGGAGCUGUUCGUCAACUGUCUGGAGGCAAUGGUCGAAACCUGUUUACCGAUGGAGGACAACUCUCCGAUGCCGCCAUCUCCACGACCGUACAAUCUCAGCUCGAGUCUGAGCAGCCUGACGCUUGGUUCACCAACCGAUAAAGCAUUUUCAUCAGAAUCCCUAGAUCACGACGGCUUUAGUGGUAGUGUUAGUUCACUGCGCAGAGCUUCCUGCAGUAAAGCACGUAGUACAAAGCAUCGAUUCGUUGAUAGCCCGACCCAUAAUAUUUGAACAGCACGCAAACAUAGAAACCCCGAUAUCAUCUGUUAUCCACCAUCACCACCGCCACUACAACUACUAAAAACCAACCCUAUAAUAUUAUGAGAGGCAAAAAGUUCCGAGUAAAACACAGAAAGAAAAAAAACUUUACGUAGCUUUCUUUAAAGUUAUCUGGAUGUCACAAAGAUAUUUAAAGUAAACAUGAGUAUUUAUAGGCGGACAAGCGCGGCGGGGUGAAUCUUAUACUGCAAGCAUUGAUGUGCAUUUACUACACGUUUAACCUUUUUGACACACCCUUGUGAAGAAUCAGAUUUUAUGGUACUUUUCCAAGGCUAUCGGAGUUCGAUAACAAUCUUUGACUCACAGAUAACAGAUGCGUAGGCCCGUACUUAAAAUGUGCGUAAACCGUCAUCUCGGGUAAAGCGAGCGAUCAAACACAUAAAAAAUUUGUUGAUGACACAGCUGUCGAAACUAUGCAGUUGAAACGCAAAUGUCUACUUACUUACAGCAAACAGUUGAGUAGAUGGCAGCAAUGUGCUACAGUUGCGAUUCGCUGGUUAGGCCACAUCCGUUGUCUAACUAACGAAUUUGAUUCGCUAGUUGGACCGACUGACAAAUGUCAAAAACUCUCCAAAAAAGACGUUAGUAGUGUAAAAGAUUGAUAGAUAAGUUGUCAAAAUAAAUUUGAGAUUUUGGCGUUCAGAUGCUUUUUAGUUGGACUAGCAAUGGUUCAACUAAAAAGCGGUCUAGUUAAAGAGUGACCAACCAGCUAAUCACGACUGUACUGAUUUCGAACGUACAUCACUUUUAAUAUUUUGACAGGUUUUAAAAUAAAUUUUGUUUCAACCUAAACGUCUGUUAUCUGUGCUUAGGCUGUGUCAUACAAUCUUGGUGGAUCUGACACAUUUUGCAUAUUAGGGUACAUUUCAAUCAACGAUUUAAUGUUUUUAAGUCAAUAUCACUACCGAGCUGCUUAUGUACCAUCAUGAACAUCAAUUUGGUCUUGUUCUUAAUGUUGAAAAAUGUCCUAUUUUUAUAAUAUGUUUUCGUUUACGACAUUUAAGGGAUUAAAACACAUCUCGUUGUACUAACGUCAAAAUACGCACUAUAAUUGUGUUAAGGACAAGACGAAAUUGAGCGGCUUUGUGGUACAUGAAAAGAUGGUCAAUCGCCCCAUGCACAUACUAGCCCGCGCUGCGGCUAUAGUACGAAUCCUAUUGUUGUAACACUUAAUAAAAUAAUCGAUACAUUCAGUGAGGCAUAUUUUUGUAAGAUACCAGCACCUGAAUACAUCGGAUAGUAAUUUCAUGAUCGAAAGGAUUAUGCAAAUUAUUUUUUUUUCAAUUAGUAGGAAUUUAUUUGAUAUUUUCUCAAACUUUUUUUAGUACAAAAACGUGACUAAACGCGUGCCAAUAUUUUUUUUCUGUUGAAUGAUAAUGAAAUUUCAGUUGUUUUUUUUAAGAAUAAAGUACUAAUGGUAACUUAUGGCAGCUCUAGAACUUGUUAAUGACUGAACAUCUAUGCAUAGGUAUAUUUACUUGUUUUGUUUGAGAAAAUAAAGUGUACUGAGCACAGAUACUAUCGAAGCUUGUUAAAAUGUAUGUAUAUUUUACUAGUUUGUUCGAAUCUUCACACUAACAAGGUGCACAAAAGAAUACCGCACUGUCCACAUAACAGAUAACAUAAUAAAGAAUAAAUAUUUUUGUGUGAA